AUGGGGAACCCGAGUGAGUCAGGGGGGCUAGGGUCGAGGGCAGGUAGCAAUGUCUGUGGAGAAAGAGAUUCCAUUCAAGUUGCCACACCCGGGCCCGAAAGUACGGGGUAAGCAGUUUAGGAAGCCGCGGGGCCGUAGUAAGGCCCGGGCCCGGGGCACCCGGAGCAAGGCCCACGUCCACAGGCGAUCGCAACCCGAGCCGUACUGCAAAAAGGCGCAAAUGCGGGAGAAAGAGAAGGUGUGGACCCCCUGGAAUGGACUCAUCGUGAUUGGGAAGAGAGUGGAACUCUUGGACAGAAACCUGCAAAAGUCUAAAGUGUGGGACGCAAAGUUGGAAUCUGAGAACUGGAGGCUGGAAGUCGUGGGGAAGAAGAUCUCGAAAGAGAGAUCGGGCCUGCAUCAGGAGAAGGUGGACACGAAGCUCUUGAACAGUGUAGAAAGGACGUCACAGGCUCCAGCAAAGUUGGAGGAUGAUAUCCCAGAGGGACAGCAAGAGGACAGACCCAAAGCUGGAGCUGUAUCUAAGAAUGCAGAGAUGACAGCAGAGCCUGAAGAAAAAUUGAAGUCUAAGGACAAGUUGAGAACCAGUGGAGGGGACUUGAGAUCCAGAGGGGAUCAACUGAGGCAGAAUGAGGAAGUGGAGUCAAGUGGAGAGAACUUGGUGCACAAGAGAGAGAAACGGGUGUCCAUGGGAGAGAAGGUGGUGGGCAGAGGAGAGAAGCGGUCUGCUGUAGAGAAAAUGGACAGUAGAGAGAAACGGGGGUCCAUCAGAGAGAAGGUGUCGGACAGUGGCGAGAAGCGGGGGUCCAUCAGAGAGAAGGUGUCGGACAGUGGCGAGAAACGGGGGUCCAUCAGAGAGAAAGUGUCGGACAGUGGUGAGAAACGUGGAUCCAUCAGAAAAAAGACAUCCGACAGUGGAGAGAAACAGGGGUCCAUCAGAGAAAAGGUGUCGGAUAGUGGAGAGAAACGAGGGUCCAUAAGAGAGAAGGUGUCAGAUAGUGGAGAGAAACGCGGGUCCAUCAGAAAAAAGGCAUCCGACAAUGGAGAGAGGCGGGAGUCCAUCCCAGAGAAGACAUCCGACAGUGGAGAGAGGCGGGGGUCCUCCAAAGAGAAGGCGAAGUCAAGUGAUGAGAAGCUGAGAUUGAAUAGAGAGAAAUCAAGUUCCAGUGGAGGAGAGAAGCUGAGGACUGGUGAUAAGAACCUGAGAUACACAGAAGAUAAACUGGAGUCAAAUACUGAGGAAGCACAGUCCGAUGAGAUGGAACUGGAAGAGCAUUCAAGACCGGGAAAUACAAGCAAAGAGGACAUUGAGAGAGUGAUAAAUAUUACUGGUGAUGAAAGUGCGAUGGAAGACAUGAGUCUGGAACUACAAAUUCCUGAAAGUCCGGAAGGCGGAGAUGAACAAGAAGGAGCAGAGAAAGCAGGGGAGAUUGACAGUUUUGUCUUGGAUAACGUGGAAGAUCCCGCCUAUGAAUCUGUUCCUAUGGAAGAGAAAGACGAGAUUAGAGAAGGCUCCAGGGAAUCAGGUGGAUGAAGACUUGAAGACAAAGGAGAUUGGAGAAGUAUUGAAAGUCAGAGAGGAGCUCGAGCAAAGCCAAGCUCUGCUGACCCCGAAGGGUAGAUAUGAGUGAGUUUUGGACUGGAGGAGAGUUACUGGGCACGAGGCCAAACCAGUAUCAACAGAGUGAAGAGUGGAAAAGAGGGAGUUGGGAUCAUUUUAAGGAGAAAAAUAUUUGGGAAUGAAUGCUAAGAAGAAGAAAACUGGCCGCUAUGUUCUUGAAGAACUGUUUGAGUCUAGGGCGGACUGGAUUUUGGCAGACAUGUACAUGGCUGGGGUGUGAGAUGAAGGAGAAUGUCAGAAAGAACAGAUCAUUGCAGGGCAAAGGGUGGGCACUGAGGAUUGUGGGAGAAGCAGCCAACAGGUGAGGUGUCUGAAACUGACACCAAAAACUGAGGGGCUCCAGCAGGAAUGAAACGGGAAGAGGAGUGGUCGAAUAAAACGGUGGACCAGUGACUAGGUUCGCUCCACCCUCGCGUCUCAUUUGAACUGCACAUAUUCAAUGUGAAGGUGAAUUCUAUUUGUACUUGAAUUGUCUCCAUUCACUUUUUCUUUUUCUGGUUUUUCAAGACAGGGCUUCUCUGUGUAGCCCUGGCUGUCCUGGAACUAGCUCUGUAGACCAAGCUGGCCUCAAACUCACAGAGAUUUGCCUGCCUUUGCCACCACCGCCUAGCCAAUCUUUCACUUUUAGUUAUUUAUCUGAUCACGUGAUUGUGUGUGUGUGUGUGUGAUGGUCUAGAUAUGUACCCCUAGCUGGCCUGGAACUAUAUGUAGACCAGGCUGUCUAGGCUGGCCUCUCAAAUACAAAGAUCUACCUGUUUUUGCCUUCCAAGUACUAGAAUAUUGGUUUCUUUUUUAAAACAGUGGCUUCCUUUCAGCUCAGGCUCCUUCUGAAUGUUGGUAAUACAGAUUUGUAGCACGUGAUUUAAGCCUUUUAUAUCUUAUUCAUAAUCUAUCCUCUUCCCAGGGAACAGAAAAGGCCUCAAGUAUCUAUUGUCAAGACUCUGUUAUUGGGCUGGAGAGUUGGCUUAGUGGGUAAGGGCACUUAGUAUUCUUGCAAAAGACCUGGGUCUAUUCCCAGCACCCACAUGGAGGUUAACCAUCUCCUCAGGCACCAAGCACAGAAAUGGUGCACAGAUGAAGACAUAUUAGAAAAUAGAAGACUCCAUUAUCAAGAUAGAUGCUGAUGCCCCGACAGUGGAGGUAGGAGAGUGGAUAGGAGAGGAAGAAUCUUCCACCAAGUCUAGCGUGGAGCAUACACCUUUAAUUCCAGAACUCAGGAGGCAAAUCUCAUAGUUCUAGGCCAGCCUGGUCUACAGAGUAAGUUCUAGGACAGCCAGAGCUACACAGAGAGACCCUGUCUCUUAAACUUUUUUCACCCCCAUUUCUUCUCUGG